AGAUAACCGCCCCUCCCUCCUCCCCACUUCCUCCCCCCCGCCGCCCCCCCUGUCAACAACCAUGGCUGUCUUCUCUUUGCACUUCACUGUUGUUGCCGUGUCUGUGCUGCUCGUGAUAUGGGUUACAGCAGCAGCAGCCGCCGCAUCAGCAUCUCCCUCGUGUGCUCUCUCCCCUCCUCCGUCCUCGUCAUUACCGAGGAGGGUACAACGAGGUGGUGGAUACUCGGCUGGCGAUGGCCGACGAUCACUUGGCUUCGAACGAGGGAAGCUUUUGAGGGAGGAAGAUCUGUCCGUGAACUGGACAAUGCUGAACACGACGAUUUUUUCUGGCAGUACUGAAUUAAUUCGGCUGAAUGCGAUACUACUAGAGUCGGACCCUGGUCGACCGUUUGCUUCGGCGAUGGCUUUAUCGCCGCCGCCGACGGAUGACUCUCUCUUCUUCAUCACGAGAGACCGCAUCUACAAGUUCCCACUUGAUGCGGCGCCCGGCCAGAGAAAUGCUACCUUGAUCGCGGGGCCAUGGAUUGCUGCAGACAAUAGCAGCUCGGCAGGGGGGAUGGCGAUGGAGGAUCCCGACUUGGCUGGGUCGGGUCCCCCACAGAGAAAUGGCUCGUCGCGAGGGAGGAGGAUUAUCCACGUGGCGGACUGUGGCAACUUCGCUCUUCGAGCCUUCGAGCUGAACGGCACAGAACUGUUCUCUCGCAAUUACAGCGAGGACAUUGGGCUACGGUGUUUGGACGGGUUGGCGAUCGACAGUGCUAGGGGUGUGCUCUACGCUACGUCGAUGUACGAUCUCUACAGAGUUAACUUGACUUCGAAAACCCUAAGUUAUCGGCGGGUCGAGAGAUGGAUUGGCCCCCAGGUGGAUAGACUUGACGUGAAUGCGGAUCGAUUCAUGGACAGCCCCGUACCUUUGGGAGUGCGUUUCAAUGGGGCCUUCAUUAACUCGCAAGCCAUCUCUGAAAAUGGGCAACUGAUGUAUGUUGCCGACUUUUCUAAUGGAAACAUUCGGCGGAUUCGCACCGCCACGGGAGCGGUGGAUACGAUUGCGGGAUCACGAGCGACGAGGACACAGAAGACUGGCGCUUCAGAAGAGGGACCGGUGUUGUUGGCGAGUUUCGCUUAUCCCGGGGACGUGGCGCUCACACGCGACGGCUGCAACCUUUUCGUUUCCGAGUGGGGCGGGGACCUCAGACUGGUACAGCUCAACAGCACGGGAGACGCGGUACAGGUGAUCACAGUGGCCAGCAUGGGUCGCGGUAAUUCGUCAACUGAUUUGGUGUCACUCGCACUCUCUCCUAACGAAGACAGGCUGUACGUAGCGACGUAUGACACGCAGAUCAUGGAACUCGGCGUCAAAAGGGAGGCAUUGUUCUCCUGCGGCGCGCCUCCUCCUCCUCCUGUAACUCCUGAUGGCAAUUCUCAAGGUACUGCCAUAACUCCUCCUGAUGGCAGUUCUCAAGUUACUGUGGUAAUUGUUGCCACAGUAACUGUGUCGGUGGCACUGCUGUUGCUUGUGGUGGGAACGUUGAUCGCCAUUCGGCGCCGACGAGGCCGCGGACAAUGGGUGAUAUUCUCCAAGGAUGCCAUGAAAAGGUCGCUUGAAACCACGUCAAGGGAGAUCAUGACGUUAUCCGAGACGGGGGACAGCGGCCAUAGCUCGGCGGGAGGCCAGCCGGGGGUGCUGGUGAGGCCGUCGUCCGUUUUGAAGCAGUACUCCUGGGAAGAGCUGGCCAAAGCGUGCGACGGCUUCAGCCCGUCGCGGCUUGUAGGAAAAGGCGGAGCUGCGGAGGUCUACAGGGGGGAAAUUGCGGGCGGGCAGAGGGUAGCCAUCAAAAUGAUGAAAGGCGCCGAGUUCUCGGAGACCAGGUUCCGCCAGUUCCAAGCGGAGCUGGAUGUGCUGGCCACGCUCCGGCACAUGCACCUCUGCAGCAUCAUCGGGUAUGGCGCGCAUCAGUCCAAGUCGUUCAUCGUCUACCCAUUCGUCGAGGGCGGUACCCUCUACGAUUGUCUGCAAGGGGCACCCCCGGAGGGGGACGCGCGGCCGGAGCGUGGGCCCUUGAGGUGGAAGGCGCGCCUCUCCGUCGCGCGGCAGGUUGCCAAGGCCCUGCGGUACCUGCACGAGGAGGUGGACCCUCCCGUCAUCCACAGAGACGUCAAGAGCAAAAACGUGUUGCUUGAAUUUGGUGGCCAUGACGAUUCCGCGAAGAUACGGGCAUACCUCUCGGACUUCGGGCUGGCAAAGCUCGGGCACAGCGCAUUCAGCAGCACCACCCCGCCGCUGCUCGCAGGCGCACAGCCACCUGGGAACAUGACCAACAUCGACAUUGUGACCUUCGACACUACAGAGUAUGCAGUGACACGGUCCGGGGACACAAUCCAGACGGUCAAUGUUGCGGGCACAAGGGGUUACAUGGCGCCAGAGUAUAUGAGAUCUUGCUGGCUGACCUACAAGAAUGAUGUGUACGCGUUUGGGGUGAUCUUGCUGGAGCUCAUCACCGGGAGGAAGGCGUUUGGACGGAUGGAUGUUGUGCCCGGGCAACAGCAAGACGCCAGGAAUGGGACAGAAGGGAUACCGGAGGCUCUGACAUUCUGGGCGAAGAGAACGCUUCGGAGCCUGGAUUGUCUCUCCUCCUCUGAGGAAGAAGAGGGUAGCAGAACAUACACAGGGACAGGAGUGGCACCUACCGCGUCCUUGACCAGGAAGAGGGCGUAUUCCAUGAAGAUUGAUGGAGUGCAAGAGCUUGCAGACCCUCAGCUAGAAAGCCUCUGCAUGGACCGUACUAGGACAUCCUUGAGAUCCAAGGCGAGCACGAAAAGGGCGUAUUCCAUGAAGAUGAACGGCGGGCAACAGCUUGCAGACCCUCAGGUGGAAAGCAUCGGCGGGUACGACCGGAGAGGAAUGGCCGCCGUGCUACAGUUGGCGAUGGAGUGCGUGAGAACGAACCCCAAACGGAGACCUAAUAUGGGGGAGGUCCUGGAGAGGUUGAACCGAGCGGAGGAUGGUCGGUGACAUCCAGCGUAGGUAAGUGGUUGGUAGCCAGCUGGAUGUGCUAUUUGAGCUGCUAUGGUGGCCUUUGUGAUGACCAAAAAUCUAUA